GUGGAGAAACAGGGCAGAAAGCUUGCUGACGGUAACCACCCGCAGCAUGAACAAGCUUGAAAACGCGCGGAAGAACUCUGGACACUGUUGCUCGACGGCCACGUGGCAGAAAUUAAGGCCCGCAACGAUCAUAAUAAGGAUGAUUAUAUUCAAUAUUAUACGUUCAGAAUAACUCGCUGUUCUUGCUCGUUUAGCUUUUGUUAUAUUUUUAUUUACAAUAUAUACUUAUAUACGCAAAAAAAACAACGCACCGCUCAGCCAUGACGGUUUUCGUCUAUGCAGUCGCGGUCGUCUGAAUGUAGUUAGAUGUAUCAAAAUAAUUAGAAUUAUCUGCUUCUAACGAAGCUAGAGAGUGGAUCGCUCUGGCGAGACAAUCAGACUUGAACCGGACUAGCGAUUCGCUGUACACAGACUUUCCCAUCAAAUACAGGUCUUCGCUGGGUCUUAGAGGUGCUGACAUUCCUCAAUCGCUGUGGAAACGGGAGCUUAUCAACCAAUUACAAUCUAUGAACAGUAGUUUUACAACUAAGUAGUUACGUGCAGAUUGUCGAACAGUAGCACGAGCAGCACAGUGUCUCUUUAGAAAUUCAAGAAUUCUCAUAUCGAUAUCGAGUUUGGUUAGAAUGCAUUUGCAUAAUUGCAUCAUGGUGAUAAUAUGCUUCCUGGACGAAUAGUUCUUCUUGUACCCGAUCUACCAGCGCGAGUGCUGCUAGAGGUAGUAGUACUUUAAUGAGUUGUAACUUUGAUCCAAGAAUCGCUAUUCUGGAACUGGGAAAAGUUUCUGAUAAAAGAAGUUAUAUGGCUUGAUCUUGAUGUUGUGUUGUCCUCACUUCAUCAAGACUGCUUGAUUCGAAUCUUCCUCCUAACGGGAAGCAUAUUACCUCCCAUAAACUUUGUAAACAGAGCUCCACUACUCCUACUCCCUAGUGUCCCGCCUGACGAAGCGCGAAAAGUCCGAGGAAUAGAAAACUUCUAAGAAAAACGGCCCGGACAGAAUCAAUGGCCCCAUUUUGAACGCAG